AUGCUCGUUUCAAAGCCACAAACCUCUCCGUCAAGUAGAAGAAAUAAUCAAAAGAAAUCUCCAGUUGAACACGUCUUGCUGAGACCCGACUCUUAUGUUGGUUCCCUUGAAGCUUUAAAGAUAAGAGGGGAUGAAAUCUUAGUAAACGCUGCUGACAACAAGGUUCGAGACGAUAAAAUGAACCUUAUUAAAGUUGAUAUUGACGAAGAAGGAGGUCAAAUUCCAUCUUUAAUAACGGAAAAGGAAUCCCUAUUGAAAUGCACAAGGACGAAAAAUUCUAUUACUGAGUUCAUUUUGGAAACAGUUUCAAAAGCAAAAAAAUAUCGCAAAACUUUCAGGAACAAUAUGAUCGUAAUCGAACAACCAAUUCUCACUACUUGUUCCAAAAAUGCUGGUGAUUACAAAUUACAUUUGUAUGUGAGUGAUCGCGAAGACUUACAAUCUUCAUUAGUGUAUGAUAAAUGUGGUGACCGAUGGGAAAUGGGGCCCUUCCUUCCACUGAGUCUCAAUUCCAUCAUUUUCGUAAAUACAUUAUGUACUACGAAAGGAGGUGCCCACGUUAAUUACAUCGCAGAUAAACUUGCUGAAAGAAUCAUGAUAGCGGUCAAAAAUAAGAAUAAGAACGCAAAAACGAAAGAAAAUCUUACAUUAAAAGUCGCAUCAUUUGGAUCUACAUGUGAUUCAAGUGACGCCUUCUUUAAUAAAC